GCUAAGGUUAGGUUUUAGCUCAGAACAGUUCAAGAGCUCGAAGCAGAAAGAUGAACCUCAGUCGAGUGUUGUUUGGAAUAAUAUUGCUAGUGCUGCUGGUUGAAGGAAGUGUUGCCUCGAGGCGUAAACGGCGAGGAGUGCACGUAAAACUUCCUGGCAGCCACAAUAAUGUGGCCCUGACGGCUGCUGUCCGCGAUCUUAAGGACAAGCUUAACGAGCAAACCAAAGUCUUAAAUCGUCUGGCCAAUGCCACGGAGCAAUUAUCCACCAAAACAGAAGCCAUACCUCGCAACUGCGCCUUCACCGACAAGUACGGGUACACCCGCAUUCAGUUGGAGGAGACCAGCAAACCAUUUGAUGUGUUCUGCGAACAGGCUCUGAAUGAGGGUGGCUGGACACUGGUGCUGCAACGCUUUAACGGCACCAAACGCACCGCCAAGGAGUUCCGAGAAGGGUACAAUAGCAUCCAGGCUGGAGAGUACUUCCUGGGAACCGAUAAGUUGUACGCUUUGACGCAUUCGCGAGAUCACGAGCUGCUCUUCGUAUUGGAGUUCAUCGACCGGUCAACGCGCACUUACCAGGCACCGCGGUUUGUGCUGAAAAGCCCGCAAGCGCACUCCAUUUGGUCGCAGGAGCAGGAAACGAUUCGCUACACAUGGCAAAAGUGGGAGCAGGAAAUAGCUCGCUUGCCAGCUGGCAGCUCCUGGGAAUCCUUUGAACCGUGCAACUCCUCUAUCUGUGGUCCGGAACGCUUCCUGGUCUUUCUGCUCAAGUGGAAGCCCUAUGGCAGGACGCCCGGCCAUUCGACUCUUCAAGCUGCUGCUCCGCCCGACCAAUGCAUACUGGUCAUCAAAAAAUAAUUAAAGUAUAUCCUUUUGCUGAUAUACCAUUGUAAUAUGAUCAAUCAAAAUACAUGGCUUGCUAUCCCCUUAAAUGAAAGAAAUUAACACAGAGUUUACAUUUUC